AUGCAGCAUCGCGAUCAUGUAGUGCUAAUCUUCGUGCAGCUUAUUCAUCGCACGGUGACCGGCCGGCGAAGAUCGACGGCUCCUGCGAGUGGGAGAGAUGGGACGAAUGCGCGGAACGCGAGCGUUGGGAUUGCUGCGAUAAAUGCGACAAAUGCGACAAAUGCGACAGCGAUAAAUGCGACGCAUGACACGCACGGGCGGAACGGACAGGACGAAAACAUGGAUGAGGGUGAGGAGACGAGCUUACUGGAGAACGUGAACGCAACUACUGUGAUAGUGACGGGGGCGAGGAGCCGCGACGACGAAACGAGCGAAGUUGGGAAAGCGAUGACGGAUUUGGAGGAGUGGAUCGAAAAGCAGGUGGAGGCGAUUGCCGCGCUGGCGGAAGCGAUUCGAACGGAAUGGGAGAGCGGCGAGGCGCCGUCAUCUCUGGGUACUAAUGCAGGGCGCAAGCGAGCUCGUGUGGCGGAUGACUCUACCUCAGAACCGAUGCAGCAUCUGGCUGCGCUGUCAGCCCAUGCGGAGGCCAUCCGCGAGAAGGUGCGCGGAGUGGGGAGGUUUGUGCGUGGGCUUGAGGAGCGGAAGGCGCAGGGGGGAAAAAUGAAGAGCGGAGAGGAGCGGGGAGAAAACAUGGAGAAGCAAAGUGGGGGGAAUGAAGAGAAGGAGGAUCAGAUUCAGGAGGAGAAGGAGGAUGAGGGGGCUGAGGGGGAGAAGGAGGCGCAAGAGGAGGAGGGGGAGGGGGACGAGGAGAGGGGAGUGAGGGACGAGGAGGGGAAGGAGACGACUGAUCUGGUAGACGAGACAAUGGAGGAGGGGAAUGGAGAAAACUUGAAGCGUGAAUCUGCUGGAGAAGCAAGGGAGGAGUUGGAAGAAGCCGUGCUGGGAGAAGGUCGAGGGGAGGAGCCAGUAGGGGCAGCAGGAGCAGGACCUGGAGAAGAGGGAAGAGAAGGGCACACGGCAGAGAGGGAGGGAGGGGCAGAGGAGUGUGAAAAUGGGGAUGAAGAUGCAGAGGAGGGCGCUGUGGAGGAGGGCGUUGGGGAUAAUUAUGACCUGGUUGAGCCCCUCGUGGCUCAAAACGGAGGGGAGCAGGACAAGGGGGCAGGGUUGGGGGACGAAGCCAGGGAUAUCAUGCGGGGGGGAGGGGGAGGCGUGGUGGAAAGGGCAGGCGGGGAGCGGAGUGGAGCAGGAGAGGCUGUGGGGAACGACCUGGUAGAGUCUGUGGAGCGAUGGGCGCAAGAGGCGGGGCUGUGCGGAGCAGCAGCAGCAGUAGAGCAGGCUGCAGCAGCAGCUAGGCAGGUGCAGAGUGCACUAGUGGAGGGAGAACCCACCAAUGGUGAAGAGGCAUUCAGGGCGCGGCUGCAUGAGAAAAUCGACGCCUUGCUGCUGCUCAUCCCACCCGACCAGCAGGUGAAUCAGACUCGAAUGAUCAACAAAACGGUCCGCUUUCUCUCUUCUCUGCUGCCCAAGACACAGCAGAGCACCCGUACAGUGCAGCGGAUCGCUCCUGAAACGCAGCAACUCAACGGCAACCCCGCAGCCGCAGCACCGCAAAUCACCCCUGAAUUACAUGAGAUUACCCUCUCCAACCGCAACCUCCACUACUUUCUCUCACUCGCUCCCACCUACCGCCCCACCCUCCUCCCCUCCCUCGCCUCCCUCUCACUCGACCACUGCUCCUCUGUCUCUCCCCGUGACAUUCUUUCCCUCGUCCACCUCCCCUCCCUCACCUCCCUCUCCUUCCUUCAAACCCCCAUCGCUCCAGCCGCCCUGUCCCUCAUCCAGCCCUUCUCUCGCCUCCACCAACUCGUGCUCGACUGCCCCGGGCCCUCAACGCUGGCCUUCAAAACGGCGCCCUGGCAAUUGAAGAACCUGAAAGCGCUGCACUUGAGCCGGGUGACUAACGCAGUACUGGAGCAGGUGGGCGUGCUGACGAGCCUUGAGGUCUUCUCCUGCACGUGCUGUGAGGGGGUGACUUUCACGGGAUGGCUUUGCCUGGUCGGGUUGAAACGGCUGAGGCAGCUCUGCGUGGCUCCAGCGGAUCUGGACCGUCAUGGUUUGAGGAUGGACUAUCCCAAGGGAAGCUUGCCGGUGGUCUCGCGAGUGUUUGCAAGGCCACAGAAGAAGCAGGGGGGCGUUUAUUGGGAGAGAGUUCAAGAACAUGCACGCUUGAAACACUUCGAGGGAUUGCCGAGCCAAGAAGACGACAGUGGGGUGUGGCAUUUGCUGAGCUCGCUGCGAAUUCUAAAUCACCUGGAGCUGCACGCACCACCGCGCUACAAGUACGCCUACAUGACACUCGACGAGUUGAGCCUUCUCACCACUCUCCGCGUCAUGGGGGCUUUCCUUGACGAUGAUGCGUUCAAACGCUUGACUCGUGUAAUGUGGCUGACCCACCUCAGCCUUGCUGGCUGCACGUUCGCAACUGACAGCGUGGUGAUGAAAAUAGCAGCUGCCAUGCCGAAGCUCGAGUCCCUGGACCUGUCGGGAACGUCAAUCACCCUAAGCUCGACACCAUGGACCUGA